AUGUUGUUGUUGUUGUUGGCGUGUUUCGCACGCCGUACUUCGUCACUGACGAGACCCUGCUCCGCCCGAUUGCAACGGUCGGCCUUGUUGUCGUCGACAGCGACUGCCGAUGAGGCGGCAUCCUCGACCAACUUUCGAUUGGCGGCACGUCUACAAGGCCUCGACAAACCCACCGUGUGGCAGGAAUUCUCCCCACUCGCUGUCGAACAUCAGGCGGUGAAUCUCGGUCAAGGCUUUCCGGACUGGGACCCCCCGCUCUUUGUACAACAAGCCAUGCGCAAUGCCAUUGAUCCGGCACAAGCCCGACACGCCAAUCAGUACGCCCGUCCCAACGCGCACUUGCCACUCGCAACCGUCCUGGCCGAAGACUACAGUUCUCGGUGGCCACAAGUAGAUCUAAAUCCCGCUACGCAAGUCGCAACGGCGGUAGGCUGUACCAACGUCCUCUAUUGCACCUUGCAAGCAUUGGUGGGGGUCGGAGAUCAAGUCAUUCUCCUCGAACCAGCCUUUGAUAUUUAUGCAUCGCAAGUGCGCAUGGCGGGUGGGACACCAGUCUACGUGCCACUACGACCUACCGGACACGUUCACGAGGGUGCCAGCCAGGCCUUUUCCCUCGACUUGAACGAAUUGGAAGCCGCCGUUACUCCCAACACCAAGGUACUCAUUCUCAAUACUCCACACAAUCCUACCGGAAAAAUAUUUUCCCGCGACGAGCUCGAAGGCAUUGCCGCUAUUGUACAGAAACAUCCGCAAUUGACCAUUAUAUCUGACGAAGUGUACGAGCACAUUUUGUUCGAUCCGGCACACGAGCCGCACAUUUCCAUGGCCACGAUACUCUUUGAUCAGACGCUCACUUUGAGUUCAUCGGGAAAAACUUUUUCGUGCACGGGGUGGAAGGUGGGUUGGGCGGUGGGACCUCCGCAUCUGGUCCAAGCCGUGGUGGCAGUACAGCAGUGGGUCAACUUUUCUGCACCAACCCCCAAUCAAGACGCCAUUGCCCAAGCGCUAGUGGAAGCCCGUCAGCCCUUUCAGGGAUACGACUCAUAUUACGCCUACUUGGCCGACGAGUAUUUGCGCAAACGAGGUAUUCUAGUGGAAGCGCUCGAGGCGGCGGGCAUGACACCCAUUGUCCCACCCGGCGGCUUUUUCAUCAUGGCCGAUACGAUUACCGCCGCCAUGCCGACCAAUCCAAUGCCGCGCGAUUGGGCCCUUUCCCGAUGGCUCACCAAGGAGGUGGGGGUGACGGCCAUUCCCCCUUCGGCUUUUUACAGUGAAGAAAACGUUCCCCUGGCUCAGAAUUUGCUGCGGUUUGCCUUUUGCAAAGGCGACGAUACUUUACGGGAGGCACAGACCCGAUUAGCCACAUAUUUUCAAAGGUGA